CUGUUUUCAUCGCUUUAUCUUCGGCUUUGAUGUCUGUAGAGACCAGUUUCUCACUCUUUCUGCAGCACUUGAGAAAUGUUUGGAGAGAGAGAGAGAGAGAGAGUUUUCAGUGAGAGAAAGCUUGGAGCUACAGAGAGAGAUAGGGAGAGAUUAGAGAGAGAGAGAGAGAGAGAGAGAGAGGUAGGGACAUUGGAAAUUGUCGUGGGUUUUGAUUGUUGAUGAAGAACUGCAAUCUCAGCUCAAAGGAGAGAUAGAGAGGCAAGAAAGUUCCGGGCCUUCAAUUGUGGCCAUUUGGAUACUCUUCCAAGAACAGAAUUCUCCGGCACCUAAGUUUUUGCGUAGUUAUAAUUCUGUUGCUCAGAUCACACCUCCCAGCUCGCCACUGUGUUCCUUAGCUCGCUUUGCCUUGACUUCGAUGCAUUUGGUGGCUGUAGCUUUAAGCAUUCCUGGUCAUGAAGUAGAAGACAGUUACAGGACUCCAGAUAAUAAAAAUUAGAUAAGCGCUGCCUUCAAUUGCAUGUCUUGAAUGGCGAUCUGUUUAUGUUCAUUUGAGAUCAUCAUGUUAGAAAACUGCACGUGAUCAUCCAAGUUUCAAUGCGAAAAAACUGUAACAUUACUCUACAAGAUUCUGUGGGAGGAUACCCGAGAGAAAAUUUGACUGUGUCAUUAGGCAGAAACUUUGCACCACUGGCUUCAAGACCUGGUUUCUGCAGUGACACCUUGGAAGGCCAACCAUUGAAUACGAAUGGCUAUAUGUUUGGAGGGCAAAAUUUCCAAACAGAGCACUCUCAGCAAGCAUUCCUGGGUGAAACGACUAGCUAUGAUCCACAUGUCUUGAUGCUGAGAGGCUUGUCCGUCCUAAAAUCACAUCAAGAAUAUGCACCAGUAGACAGUCCAACCCUGACAACUAAUUCUGAGAGGUCUGAAAUAACUGAAUCGUCAACUGACUUCAACUUUCUCGGAGGAUCGCAGCAGCUUGUGAGGGGUCAGCAACAAUUAGACACUUCUCAACUUCAAUCGAUGCAGCAGUCUACAUAUAAUGACGUGCAGUUACAGCAGCAGCAAAUGAUGUUCAAGCAGAUGCAAGAUAUUCAUAGGCAGCAGCAGCAACUUCAGCAAUUUGGUGAUGCAAGGCAGCAGGGUUCUCAAAAUCAGAUCUCUGCUUUCCCUAGACAGUCUACAGGGGGUCAAUAUCCAUCCUUUAUUAAUGGAACAUCUCUCUCUGAUUCAUCAGAAAUGUUCAUGAACAGGACAUAUCUAGGUGCAUCUUCUGUAGCGCAAGGAGUAUACAACCAACUAAUGUUUUCGCCCGAGAAAGGCCAAUCUUUUCACUCAACAGUGUUGGUUCCACAGCAGCUUGAUGAAUCUAAUAAUAGAUCUCCUAACUACAGUGGAGGAGGUAGCAUGGGUCAAUAUUCUCAGCUCCAGGGAAUGGAUCGUGAUUCUUGCAGUUUGUUGACAAAGGCUAGUGGUCAUUGCAUGAAGCCUACUUUGCAGCCUGUAGCUUUCAGUAGCUCCUCUAUGGGUAAUAUAAAUACUGUUUCUGCAGGCCAAACGGGCAGAUUCAAACAAGGCUUUGAAGGGAAAAAUUUAUUUGACCAAAUUCCAAAUCAAGGUUUGGAUGCCAGAAUGAGAUCAGAUAUCAUCCAGCAGAAGAAUUAUUCACAAACAAAUGGAUCGUUUCCUGAAUUUCAAGGAGAGCAAGAUGGAACUGGUUGGCUUGGUACCACACAGCAAAAAGUCACCCAACUGGAUGCAUCUCAGUAUUUUGUUCCCCUGGAUCCGAUUGAACAAAAAAUUUUAUAUAAUAUGGAUCAAAAUAUGUGGGACACUUCUUUGGGAAAAUGUACAAAUGUCAGCAAUGGAAGUUUUGAAAAUAACCCAGUACAUUCAGAUUAUUCAAAUGCACUUCCUUCUAUUCAUAGUGGGAGUUGGAGUGCUCUCAUGCAGUCAGCUGUAGCCGAGGCUUCUAGUAGCGAUACUGGGAUACAGGAGGAAUGGAGUGGAUUGACUUUUCAGAAUACAGAACUGUCAACUGAAAAUCAGCAUUCAAACAUAGUGGAUAGUAAAAAGGAGCAAUCAGCAUGGUACGAAAACAGCAUGCAAAGUGCAUCAAGUUCAAGGCCAUAUGCAAACUUCAACGAUUCUAGUAUGAGUUCUAGCUUUCCUGGGUUUCAGCAAUCAGGCAUCCAACCAUCUUUUGAGCAAACAGAACAUCUUUGUCCAGAAGACUCCCAUAAACUAAAUCAAAAUCCUUCUGGAAAAGCUGGUGAAUGGUUAGACACUACGAGUGCUCAAAAGCGACUUGGUGACCAAUCUCAACAUGUUCAACCACACGAGCACUUAAACAAGAGCUUGGCAAGUCAGUUGUAUGAGCAACCUGAAUAUGACAGACCACAUCAGCAGAUAACAGCUUCUCAUGAUAAUGUUAAUCGACCACAUGGGAAACCACAAGGUGACUCAUUUAUUGACAAGCUUCUGCUGAAAAGUAACUCCCGUGAUCACUACAUGUUGAAACAAUUAAGCUCUCAAGGGCAGGGUCAUUUUCAGCAGUCAUUUCUUGAUGUUUCUUCCGACGCUGUGAAAUUGGAGAAGGGACAGUUAACUGGUUUCCAGAGAAAUUUAAAUUCUUCAGAUGGUACUCCUAGGGGCCAUCUGGAUGCAUCUACCAAUUUCGGCAAACCAACGGGCUCAAAUGGCCAAACUCCAUACAAACAAACAAGUGAAAAUGUGAAUGGGCAUCUUCAAAAUGUCGACCAUUCUAAGGAAAAUAGUGCCAUCCCCCAUUAUGGCUCUAUUGGGUCUAGUCCUUUGUCUAUGAUGUCUCAGGCAGUGUUUCCAGAUCCAUCUGUUUCUCAAAAUCACAAUCAGUCUACAUCUCAAGGAUUUCCUAUGAGAUUGCUUCAUCCAUCUCAACAGCUAUCAUAUUCAAAUAAGAUAUCUUCAUCUCGAGGCCUACCUCAAUUAUCAAGCAAUCCGGAUACAAGUCCGGUUAUUUCUGACUUAGCUCCCCCAUCUCCUAUUCAGUCUAUGCCUCCAGAUGAGUCAUCACAAAAUGUGCAUUGGGAUGAAAAUUCGCAUUGUUUGGGAGAGGCAGAAGCUGCUACUUCAUUAUUCCUGCCGCCCCAUUUUGUAACAGAUGAAAAUCAAGGGCAAUUCGUUUCUGGUGCACUUGCAGCACGUUUGUCUCCACAGGGUUCAUUGCCAAGUACUGCUUCUAGAUAUCCACAAUAUGGCCUAUCUUCCUCUCAUGAUACAUCUCGACACAUCGACAGGAAUAUGAGUGGAAAACAGUAUCCGGUUUUUGAGGCCCUGCCUCUCUCUCAGCCUUUAUCUAUGUCAAGAAUAGACCAACAGGGUGGGUUGUUGACAAGGCAGCAAAAUGUUUGGUUAAAUAACACAAGCCAGCAACAUAAUGCAACUUCAUUGGCUCCACUGGGAUUCAACAAUCAAUCUUCUAAAAAAUGUGGACUCCAAUUACUGGAAUCUGACAUGAUUCCUACAAAUUCACUGAAUUAUGACCAUAAGGAUGAGGUACCAGAGCAGAGGACUAAGUCGGAUGUAUAUAAUACUUUACUGGCUGAUGGAGUGGCAAGGAAGAUUACUAGUACAAAUGCGUUUCCCUCUAGCUUAUUACUGGCCCAUGCACAUCAGCAAGAUCUAAAUAGAGUACAAAUGGAGGAAAAAAAUUUAACCACCUCUGAAAGAGAUUUUCCAUUUGAUAACUUUUCUAAAUUGCCUCAUGUUGUUGGUCAACAAAACUCGCUUCAAAAAGUUCAACCAAUGAAGAAUGUGGAGACUGAGCCAAAGGGAGUUCAAGAUGCGCAACAGGUAAAUAUUAUGUCAAAAGAGAAUUUAACAAGAGAAGAUGGGAAGCAUGGACAAGGUUUUGCAUACGAGAUCAACUCAUUGCCAUCCGAAAAUAGAAAAAUGCUAAACCUGUUUGCAAGAGGAGGAAGAGAAGAUUAUAAUGUGACAUCUUUGUCUGAGAAUCCACCAAAUGCAUGUUCAAGGGGUUUUACUUCAGACGGCCAAAGUGAGGCUGUGAAUGAGUUUAAUAGAAAAAAUAUGGAAGGUAACGAUGAAGAAAAUUCUCAGAUGAAUCCACUUUCUGCGUCUUCCUGGUUUAAGUUCAGAAAUGGGCAGCUGCCUUCAAUUUACAAUGAGCUGCUUCCAAAGCAACCUGGUGGAAACUUCUCUCUCUCGAAGCCUUCGGAAAAUUUUUGCAAACUGUCAACUCUGGAUGGAACGGAUUCUGCAGAUGUUAAUCAGAGUGGUGGAGUUUGGUUGGCUGCUGCUGCAACCUCGGUGCCAACUGACAUAACAGGCCCUUACGAAUUGCCUUCUAUUGUCACUGUUAAAACUGCGGACACGUUGAGACCUAAAAAACGUAAAUUUGACUCAUCUGAGUUUCAACCAUGGCAUCUAGAAGUCCAAGGUUCUCAAAGGAUUGUGAAUAUCAGUGUGGCAGAACAAGACUGGGCAGAAACCACAAACCGGCUGCCAGAAAAAAUGGUAAAUGAAGUUGAGAUGGUUGAAGAUGGAUAUGUGAUGCUUCGAUCGAAGAGAAGGCUUAUAACGACAACACGGCUGUUACAGCAGUUAGUUUGUCCUGCACCAUCAUCCAUUCUCUCAGCAGAUGCCUCUUCCUUCCAUGAUAGCGUGAUAUACUUUAUCUUAAGAGCGUCAUUAGGGGAUACAUGCAGCCUGAUGUGUGGUCAAAGAAAUGAUUUUCAUGUCUCAACACUUGAUAACAGAAAUGUAGUGUCUGAGGAACGUGAAACUGUAAAACGUACUGGCGAUAAGCACAUAGAGACUACUGUGGAAAGAUUCUACGCCCGAGCCAGGAAACUGGAAAGUGACUUGCAAAGAUUGGACAGGACAGCCUCCAUGGUGGACUUGAUGGUUGAAUGUCAAGAGUUGGAACGAUUUUCUGUCAUUAAUCGUUUUGCAAGGUUUCACAUUCGUCAAGUAGAACUCUCUGGAAAUGCUUCUUCAAAAUCAUAUCCCCAAAGAUAUGUCACUGCACACCCCAUUCCUAAUCAUCUUCCCGAGGGUGUACAAUGCCUUUCACUGUAGUAAUUAGUUAAUUGGUCCCCCACAGCUAAUUCCCUGGUCAUCUACAUACAAACCAUAUCCUGCCCCUACUUUUUGACUACAAUCUCUGGCAUUGACAUGAUGUGGUACUGUAGAAGAAAGAGGAUACAAGAAUAGGUUCAUAUCUUAGCAGCUCUGAUAAUUGAGGCCAUUCGUUCUUUUGUCGAAUCAAGGCCAAACCGUUGCUUAUUUUGAUGAAGUACAUAGUGGUAUCAUGUAUCUUGUAAAUUUGCAUGAAUAUCUCAGGUGAACAAGUCGUUCUGAAGCGAACGAUUCAGAGAGGA